ACAAAUGGCCCUCACAGCCCCUGCCCUAGGGUUUGCCGGCCUUUAAUAGGGGCAAGAGUCGCUCGUUUCGAACCCUCUCUCCUACGUCGUCUCUCUCUCUCUGCUCUGUUCACUUCUCUCGCCGUCGAAUCAGGUCGGCGGUCUCUGCCUACAAGGGUUGCUAGUGUUAUCUUAGAAAACAUCCAUGGGUAAGGAGAAGGUUCACAUUAACAUUGUGGUCAUUGGUCAUGUCGACUCUGGGAAGUCCACCACCACUGGCCAUCUUAUCUACAAGCUUGGAGGUAUCGACAAGCGUGUAAUUGAACGUUUUGAGAAGGAAGCUGCUGAGAUGAACAAGAGGUCAUUCAAGUACGCUUGGGUGCUGGACAAACUCAAGGCUGAGCGUGAACGUGGUAUUACCAUUGAUAUUGCCCUCUGGAAAUUUGAGACCACCAAGUACUACUGCACUGUCAUUGAUGCUCCUGGCCAUCGUGACUUUAUCAAGAACAUGAUUACUGGAACUUCACAGGCUGACUGUGCUGUUCUCAUCAUUGAUUCUACUACUGGUGGCUUCGAAGCUGGUAUAUCUAAGGAUGGCCAGACCCGUGAGCAUGCACUGCUUGCCUUCACACUUGGUGUCAAGCAGAUGAUUUGCUGCUGUAACAAGAUGGAUGCCACAACUCCCAAGUACUCCAAGGCUAGGUACGACGAAAUUGUGAAGGAAGUGUCUUCUUACCUGAAGAAGGUGGGCUACAACCCUGACAAAAUCCCAUUUGUGCCUAUUUCCGGAUUCGAGGGUGACAACAUGAUUGAGCGAUCUACAAAUCUGGACUGGUACAAAGGCCCAACCCUCCUUGAGGCCCUUGAUUUGAUCAAUGAACCGAAGAGACCAUCAGACAAGCCCCUCCGUCUUCCACUCCAGGAUGUCUACAAGAUUGGUGGAAUUGGCACCGUCCCUGUUGGGCGUGUGGAGACUGGAGUCCUGAAGCCAGGCAUGGUUGUCACCUUCGGUCCCACUGGUCUGACAACUGAAGUCAAGUCUGUGGAAAUGCACCACGAAGCUCUGCAGGAGGCCCUGCCUGGCGACAACGUCGGGUUUAACGUGAAGAAUGUUGCUGUCAAGGAUCUCAAGCGUGGUUUUGUCGCCUCCAACUCAAAGGACGAUCCAGCUAAGGAAGCUGCCAACUUUACUUCUCAAGUCAUCAUCAUGAACCAUCCAGGGCAGAUCGGAAAUGGCUAUGCUCCGGUGCUCGACUGUCACACCUCCCACAUUGCGGUCAAAUUUGCAGAGAUCCUGACCAAGAUCGACAGGCGUUCAGGCAAGGAGCUCGAGAAGGAGCCCAAGUUCCUGAAGAACGGAGAUGCAGGGUUCGUUAAGAUGAUCCCGACCAAGCCCAUGGUGGUCGAGACCUUUUCUGAGUAUCCUCCUCUGGGGCGUUUUGCGGUUCGCGACAUGAGACAGACGGUGGCCGUUGGUGUCAUCAAGAGCGUGGAGAAGAAGGAUCCGUCCGGUGCAAAGGUGACCAAGUCUGCUGCCAAGAAGAAAUGAGUGGCGACUGGCGAUGGGGUUUCUGGCGCGUGCUUGUCCUGCUGGAUCAUCUGCGUUACUAUUUUUCUUAGCUGUUUAUUUGCCAGCAUUUUUCCGUUGGUUCAUGUUGUCAUUGAGAAUCGGAACGGAUGAGGCGGUUUUGUGCCAUUAUUUUGGUUUAAUUUUUAUGUUCUCCUGAGGUAAAACUGUCUGGAUAUUUGUUUUUCCGAUUUUUAAGUUUCUGCAUUUUGAUGAUUUGAGGAUAA